AUUCAGUUGAUUGCCAACAUUCUUCUUGUGUGCUUGCUUCUCUUCGAAAAAAAUAACCCCACACGGAAAAACGGUCGGAACAAAAGCUUCGUGGCACUAUAAAUUUAUGAGAAUUAUAAAAAUAAAUAAUGAAAAGUAUUUAACAAUAACAAAAAAAGCUACAGAGCACUCGAACAGUGUCGAGUCAUUUAAGUGACGCGCGUUUUUCGUUUUUGACAUUACAUACUAAAGUGUAUAAAAUAUGACAGACACGGCGGUAUAGGCAAAAGUGUGUUCAACCUGAAAUAAUUUCGAAUGUUAUGUGUAGUCUGAUAGUCAGUCAGUUGGUGUAUAUUUAUUUAUCGAUAAUAUAUUGACAUCUGCUCUUAACGAAUUUUUAAAAAACAAAAACCAAAAAUGAGAUAUAUUCAGAAAUUGUUUGCAAAGAAAUACUGUUUUAGUGACGUCGUUUGAAAUAAUUAUUAAGUUUUGUAAUACAAUUCAAUAUUGUGUAAUUAUUUAAUGAAAAUAUUUUCAAUAAUAAAAAAAUUCUAAGGUACGAGUGCCGGUUAAUGUGAAUAAAGAUGUGACUUUAGUUAAUAAUAUUAACCAUAUCUACAAGAAAUAUUUGUAAUUUAAGAACUAACAGAGACAAAACAAAAAUAUUUAAAAACAAAACAAUUAUUACAGAAGAAAAGAAUACAAGAGAAUUGAAAAAUAAAUAAAUAAAAUUAAAUGAAAUGAGCAAAACAUUAAACGAAUAUUUAUGGUGUGUGGAUUUGAGAAAAUUAAAAAAUAUUAAUAAAAACAAAUUCAAAGAAUUUUAUGAAAAACCACAACAACAAAAAUAACAACAAUUUAAGCAGAAAUUACCUGUAUCAUCAAUACUUUUAGAUAAUUGAGCAGAGUGUGCAAGAAAGCGAAUAACACAACGAAGAAGAAAUAUAAACAGCUUAACGACUUUUUAUGGAGAAAGAUAAAACAACAAGAAAAGAAAUAAAAAUCAAAUAGCAGAAAUCAACAAAGUCUUAAUAACAAUAUUACUUCCUAUAUCUAAAAUAAACCCACUUACAACACUAUACAUACACCGCACCCACCACAUCCUUAUUAAAGAAGUAACUAUUACAGCAGAACGAGCUGAUUGCGCCUGAAUGAGUGGGUUUGUAGAAUAAAAAAUGUGUAACGAUAGUAAAUGUGAGGGAAUAAAACAACAACUAAACCAGUAGCAGUGGGAAAACGAGAAAAAUACAAACAAAAAAACCUAAACCUAAAGCAACAACAACAAUAACAAUAACUUGGAAAAAUACCAUCACAUCAACUAUUAAACAAGGAUAACGGCAGCCAUUGAAAUAAACAAAUAAACGAACACAAAAACACAACACAUACAAUCUAGUAUUCAUGCACAUACGUUUGUGUAAUUCUACAUAUACAGACAGAUCGUGUGUGGAGGUGAACGAACAUUAACAAGUGAAGCAAGGAGAACGAGAGGACAAAACUGCUUUUCACACAAGUUCAAUGCAAUUUUAUGAACAGGUUUAUGUGUGCACACAAAUAAAGCUUCCCUAUUAUUUAGAGACAACUAACACAUUCGCUCCACCCUCUUUCCCAUUUGCGACAAUAAUAGCUCGUUUAUUCUCCUAUUAGAAUGCGAGUGAAUGCGUGUAAGGACAAGUACGUGUGAGUGCCUGGAAUUUAAAUGAAUUGCAUGUGUCUAAGUGAGAAAUUGUGUUCAAUGCGGCUUAAAUCAAACAUGCAAACUGCAUACUACAACAACAAUUCACAUGUGCAACAAUAAAAUAUUGCUAGUCGGUUUUACAUCCAACUGCAACUAACAGUUUUUAGUAUUCGGAACUUAAUUGUCCUGUUAAAGAUAAAAUUAAUCUACAACAACUAUUAUAGUAAAACAAAUAAAUAGAUAAAUACUAUAACCAGAAUACACAGACUCAUGGCACCAUUGUGUAAUAAUAAUAAAAAUAAUUAAUGAGUGUUUAAAACUGGAUUUUUUUUUAAUUUGCUAAAAUUAAAAGUCCACCGAGGACUACAAUUAAAAUUCACUUAAAUCGAAAAAAAAGUAUGGGAGUAAGAGAAAAAACAAUUGCAAUACUUAACAAUAAAUGUCUAGAGGCCACAAAAUAAAUGUAAAACUAUUUAGUUUCAUCACCACCAUCUCUACUCUGACUAAAAUACUGUAAAAAACAAUACAAUUUUACACAAAUAGAAAACUUGAAGGACAACAAUGCAUAAAGAAAUGAUACAAUACGAGAAGAACUACUGCGAAAAAAGUAAUAAUAGAAUUUAACUAGAAAUAUAAGAAAACAAACAAACACAUACAGAUAGAAAGAGAGUCAUUGUCAAUAGAAAAUAAUAAAUUGCAAGUCGACAUCAUCAGUUUACUUGACAGCAACAAUACACAAUAUUCCGAGUCAACAUUACCCAGUAGUUAUAUAAAGGAGUAAACACGUGGAUUGUUGUAAUGUAGAGAGUAAAUCAGUCAUUACUUUAGCAUCCUCAAGUAAUCCAGAGAAGAAGCAGUUUCGCCGCAUUGUGGGGUAGUUAGUGACAACAAACUUGUACAGCAAGUAAAAUUAUUAAUAUUAUAUUCUUAAAUAUUAAAUAACUUAGUUUUCCUAGUAAACAGUUUGUCUUAAAGAAAUAUAACAUUAAAAACUGUCGCAUUUUCAAGCCAUAUAAAAGGAAACUAAAUUAAAUAUAUAAAAACAUUCAUAUAAAAUAUUAAAUUAGUUUUUCUGUUUCAAACGAAAGUUCUUAAGUUUCCAGGUUGUAUCUGUUUAAGUAUAUCUCAAUUCUCAAACAAAAUAUAUAAAGAAUAAAUAAAUAUUUAAUAAAAGAAAAAUAAAAUAUACAAAACUAAAACUUGGGAAUUGCUAAGAGACUGUUGUGAUAUAAAGUUAGUUUUAAAAGUAUAAGAAAAAGAAAAUUUGUUAGUUAAAAUUAAACUUGGUUAAUUUUUUAAUAAUAUAAUAAUUUUGAAAGCUUUAAGCUAAGUAACUUUUUUUAAAGUAAGCUUUAAGCUUGCUUAAUAAAAAUUUAAAAACCAGUUUCAGAAAUUAUUGUAUAUAAUUAAUAUUUUUUGUUAAUAUAAAAUUUCUCUUAAUUAAAUUAGAAAAUACAGAUAUCUUAAAAGAAAGAUCAUAUGCAAUUUUAAUAAAGACAUAGUAGUGUUUUUUUUUUUUUUUAAUAAACAAGUUACUUUUUCAAUAGCUUUUAAUAGAAAAUUUUGAAAAUAAAUUUAAGAAAUUUAGAAAUUAAAAUAAGAUUUAUGCUCCUACAUUAAUUUAUUCUAAAUUUUAAUACUUUCAUCAAAACUAACUAAAAGUUAAAAUUAUUUAUAGAAAAUAAUUCAAUCAAAUUGUUAUCAACAUUACUUUCAUUGUUUCUUUAAAAUUAUGUUUUAAUCAUGUGGUUAUCAUUAUCUUACAUUUUUAAUGUAUACAAUAACUUAAAAUUAGUUAUUUCUUGAGAAGGAGUUUUUAGAAUUUUAACCACAAAUGGUUGAACUAACUACUACGGAUAUCGUUUAUCCGUUCUUAAUGCGUAAAUUACAAAUGCUUCAAACAUCUACAAUAUCACAACCUUUACUGCAACAACAACAAGUGUUACCACCGUCUGGUCUCGACAACGACAAUAUUGGCGAAUUCGAUUCGGCACCCAUCUCCAUACAAGACUUUAUCGAUAGUGUCCAAGUCACUCCUCAAGAUCAUUACACCACAAAUGAUUCCUUUACAAUACCGGGAUUAACGGGCAACGAUAGCCAAUUGUUUAAUACUACGAAUUUUGCUAAUCAGACUUUAAAUGGCACGUACCCAAGUAUUUAUGACCAACUCGCUUAUAUACCCUGCGAAGAGGUUUACGAUCCAAACGAUCAUAAUACGAUAGUGGAGUUUUGGGUAUGCGGCAUUUGUCUGAAUAUAGUCGGUGUCCUUGGCAUCAUAGGUAAUGUUAUAUCUAUGAUUAUAUUGUCCCGUCCUCAAAUGCGUUCUAGCAUCAAUUAUUUGCUCAUUGGUUUAGCGUGCUGUGAUACUGUUUUAAUUAUAACGUCAGUGCUGUUGUUUGGCAUACCGUCCAUUUAUCCCUACACUGGGCACUUGUUCCUUUACUAUAAUUACAUUUAUCCAUUUAUAUCGCCGGUGGUAUUUCCGGUGGCCAUGAUAUCGCAGACGGCCAGCAUAUACAUGACCUUUACAGUAACGUUAGAACGUUAUGUGGCCGUUUGCCAUCCGCUGAAAGCCAGAGCUUUGUGUACAUAUGGACGUGCCAAAAUCUAUGUGAUAGUCUCCAUCCUAUUUGCUCUCCUUUAUAAUAUGUCCCGAUUUUGGGAGGUGGUUACCAUCGACACUAGUAUUCCGAACAGUACGGUGGUUUUGCAUUGUGUGCGACCAUCGGUACUGAGACAAAAUCAAACUUAUAUCACGGUGUAUAUAUUGUGGUGUUAUUUCAUUGUCAACUAUGUCAUACCGUUUCUGACGCUAGCCAUACUCAACUGCCAGAUUUAUCGGCAGGUGAAGAGGGCGAAUCGAGAACGCCAACGAUUGUCACGUUCUGAAAAACGGGAAAUCGGUUUGGCGACCAUGUUGUUGUGUGUAGUGGUAGUCUUUUUUGUUUUUAAUUUCCUGGCCCUGGUGCUCAAUGUGUCCGAGGCAUUUUAUAAUUUUAUUGAUCAUUCUCUGGCGAAAAUAUCCAAUCUAUUGGUGACCAUCAACAGUAGUUGUAAUUUCCUUAUAUACGUAAUAUUCGGUGAGAAGUUCAAGCGUAUAUUCCUGUUAAUUUUUUUCAAGCGCCGCCUGAGCCGCGACCAACCCGAUCUUAUACACUACGAAAGCUCAAUUUCCAACAAUGGUGAUGGCACUUUGAAUCACCGGUCGUCGGGACGUUUCUCCCGACACGGUACCCAACGUAGUACUACCACCACCUAUUUAGUAACAGGAGCGAGUAAUAGCACUUUAAACAAUGGUCGCCUAAUGAAAAGUGCCAGUUCGCCGGGCGUUGUAAAAAUCAAACGUGGUCGGGCGCCAUCGCCCGGUCCAGUUGUUUAUUAUCCGGCGCGGGAAGUUCAACGCACCUCGCCCAUAAUGAUGAUGUCGAACAACAAUACUCCUUUAGGUUGUGAUUGGAUUGAUACGAAAAAUGGUCAAAUGACAUCAGGGUUCUGAGAAACGGAUGCCCUUUUCCAGCUCACCAAUGAGCACUUCAAAUAUCAUGUAUAUUUCAACAUAAUACUAUAAACAUUUUAUUUAAAGCAAACAAAAAACAAAUUUUCUUUAAGUUUAACUUGUAGAUUUUAGAAUUGUAUCUUUAUUAAACUGUUAAUUAUUUAAGAAACAACUGAAUAGCUUUAAUAAAUAUCAUAGAUAUAGAUUAUUGAUCCAUUACAAAACCACCCAAAGAUAAAAAAGUUAAUCGAACUAAUUAUGUAUGACUAAAUAUUAUAUUAGAAUACCGCUAAUUCUCGUAAUUACUUAAUAAUAAUGAAAGAACAAAAAUACAACAAAUUAUGUAAAUAUUAAACUCUUUGUAAAAUUUUAAAAUAAUUUACUCUUCGAACGAAAAAAAAACAUAUAUUUAAGUUUUUAUUUGUUUAUUACAUUUUGACCCAGACAAUUAUUGUUAAUUGAUUUUAUUUCACACAAUAUUUAUUCAUUUAUGGCAUUCAUCCAGCUUACAAAAGAAACAAAAAAUAAUUAAUAAAUUUACAUUUUUGUUAUGUGAUGUUUUAAUUUGUUUUCGUGGGCGUUAUUUUAUUUGAGCUCUUUAUUUAUUUGCUUUAUAUUAUGAUUCAAUUUUAACUGAAUCCAUUAAAAAUUAUUGAAAAUUUAAUUAACGGCCGACAACAUGAUGUGAGCGAUGGUAAAAUAGUUUUUACGUAAAGGUAAUUAAUCAUAUUUGAUAAACAAAAACAGUUUCUGACAGUUCUAUGGAUACAUUUAAAAGUGGCCUAUUAUAACCUAAAAACUUAAAAAUCUAUAAUUUUUAUCGAUAUCGUAAUGUCAAUAUCAAAAUUUUUAACGUAUAAAGUUAUUUAAGUACGAGAUCCAUUAAGCUAAUCUCAAAACCAAAUCCCUGCAAACGUUAUUGCAGUACAUAAUCCGUUUAGUAGUCCUAUGUAAUGCAGACAUGGACCAUGUGCAUCUUUAAAAACAAUAUGGUCCAUGGUCUGUAUUAUAAUGUUAUGGAAAAUGUGUUCCCAGACUGUAGUUAUGUUCCUGUAUAACAUGUUUUGUAUUAUAUUUGAAAUAGUAGUUUAAAUCAGUCCUUUGAAUAGGUAAAAUAGCUUGAAACGUGAUAAAUUUGGCUUUAAAAAGUUUCAUAAUUUCGGUGCAGGAUUUGUGAACAACCCUCCCUUGUACAUAAUGAAUAUGAAUUGAAAUUAAAUUUAAAAAUUUUAAAAAUUUCAAUACAAACCAUACCAAUUAACAAAAUUUUUACCAGUUUUUCCUACAAAAUGUUGUCUGGCCACUGUAGAACAAAAUUUAGUUGCAUUCAAAAUAAAUUAAAUUACACGGAUGAAAAUCUUUUUAUUUAUCACAAAUUUUGGUUUUAUUUAAAAUAAUCUAAAUGUACACAAAUACUUUAUUUUUUAAUUUUAUUUGUUUAAAAAAUAUCUUUAAAAACAUACCAGAAAAAACUAUUGAAACUACGAAAUUGAAUUGAACUAUGUUUAUUAUACAAAUAUUUAAUAAUAUUGUGCAAAACUGUAUCUAUUUAAAUAUUUUAUGAUUAAAAAUUAUAACAAAUAAAUGAAGAAAAUAUAAAUUAUUACUUAAAAAUACAAUUUCAA